AUGGCAGGGUCAAGUAGAGGAAGAGGGCAUUCUGCAUUUACAUUCAACAUUGAGGUCAUUGGGUUUGCUAAAGGUGCUGUUUUGCCUGAUGUCACGUGUCAACCUCCACCACCCUUUCCUAGUACAGACAAUAAGACAGUGCCUCUGAAAACAGGAGAAGACGAAGAUUACAUGUUGGCCUUAAAACAAGAUUUUAGAGGAACUAUGAAAAAAAUGCCAUAUUUUGUGGCAGUAGAAGAAGAUCAUGAAGUAAUUAAGAGGUACAGUAAAAAGUAUCAGGACAAGGAACAUCCAACAUGGACCCCAGAUUGGAGGAGGCUCCCAAGAGAAAUGAAGCCAAGGAAAAAGACCAAGAAAGCAGGUGCAAACCCAAGAAAGGCAAAAAGCUCCGAGCCUAAAAGUAAUGUGGAUGUGCUGAAAAAAAUUGAGGAGUUGGAAAAGAAGGAUGAUGAAGAAGAAAAAUCUGAAGAUGAGAAAGACAAAACAAAAGAAGGUGAAGAUGAUGAAGAAGCAGAAAUCUCAGAGGAAUAUGAUGAAGAAGAGCAAGAAGAGGAAAAUGACUAUUCGUAUUUUGAAGAUGGAGAUGACUUUAGUGCUGGCAGUGAUGACAAUAUGGAUGAAGCAACAUACUAG